AUGUUAAGCAAAACUGUCUUCGUAACACUCCUGGCCGUCUGCUCAGGAGUGGAAUUUCAGAUACAGAACACAGCUAACUUCGACAUUUGGAUUGGAAUUCAGCCCAAUAACAAAACAGACAAUCCCCAGCUGAGAAAUGGAGGAUUUGACCUACCAGCAGGACAAAAGGUCUCUGUACAAGCCCCCAAAAAUUGGGAAGGCCGUUUUUGGGGUCGAACAGGCUGCAACCCAAGCACCAAACACUGCGACACCGGCGACUGUGGCAACAAACUCGAAUGCAACGGGGCUGGAGGUGUACCCCCUACAACUCUGGUGGAAAUCGCCCUCAAGAAAUUCAACGGACUCGACUUCUACGACGUUUCUUUAGUCAACGGUUUUAACAUCGUAGCUUCUAUCGAACCCAUCGGUGGUCAAGGUGACGGCAGCCAGUACAGCUGCAAGAAAGGCGCUUGCUUGAAUAACGACAUAAUCAAUCAGUGUCCCGAGAAACUAAAAGUUAAGAAUGGUCAAGGUGCUGUUAUUGGUUGUAAUUCGGCUUGUGAUGUUUUUAAAACUGAUGAGUAUUGUUGUCGUGGUGCUUAUGAUACUUCUGAUAAGUGUAAAUCGUCCACUUGGGCUGUGAAUUACCCGAAGUUCUUCAAGGAUCGGUGUCCUGAUGCGUACAGCUAUGCGUUUGAUGACCACAAGAGCACUUUUACAUGCAAAGCCGAAACUUAUUUGAUCAAGUUUGGGUAA